CUCUGGUCACCGUGCCGUAACCUCUUCAACAGAGUUCCCACGUCUCACAUUCGACCCCUCAACUGCCGAGCAUUCACAUUGAGCACCGGCCCGGCCCCUCAGCAGAAAAUUUUCCGAAACCGGCAGUCCACCCAAUUUUCCCGCACUUUCCACGUGAGUCAAACAGCCACGUCGAAGCAAAGGUCGCAGCCCUCGGACGCAGAAGAAUUGAGCCUCAGAAGGAACAAAGAAAAAAUGGCGGUCGACGAUCACUACCUUACUCUCUCGUGUCCCGAUAAGUCAGGCAUCGUGUAUGCGGUGACGGGGCUGCUCGCAAAGCAGAACCUCACCAUCCUGGACCUCCAGCAAUUCUCCGACCCGGACUCCAAGAAAUUCUUCAUGCGCGUGCACUUCGGACAUGCGACGGAUCUCUCGGGCCUCCAGGAACCGCUGGAGAAGCUAGCGGUCGAGCUGCAGAUGGACUACCAAGUGCGCGCCGUGCAGGAGAAGCCCAGGGUGCUGAUGAUGGUGUCCAAGAUCGGACACUGCCUGAACGACCUGCUGUUCAGGGUCAAGAGCGGCCAGUUGAAGAUUGAGGUCCCGCUUAUUGUAAGCAACCACCCGGAAUUCAAGGAGCUUGCCGAGUCGUACGGCAUUCCGUUCCACCACUUGCCUGUGAACAAGGACACGAAGGUGCAGCAGGAGACUCAGAUUCUGGAUCUUAUUGCCCAGCACAAGAUCGACCUCGUGGUUUUGGCGCGGUACAUGCAGGUCCUUUCACCAAGACUGUGCUCUGAGAUGUCCGGCAAGAUUAUCAACAUUCAUCAUUCGUUCUUGCCGUCGUUCAAGGGCGCGAAGCCGUACCACCAAGCAUAUGAGCGUGGUGUUAAGAUUAUCGGUGCAACGGCGCACUUCGUUACCGCGGAUCUGGAUGAGGGACCCAUCAUCGAGCAGAGAGUCGCCCGUGUCGACCACGCUAUGUCGCCAAAAGAGCUCGUGGAGGAAGGAAGCAACGUGGAGAGCCAGGUGCUCGCGGCCGCAGUCAAGUGGUGGAGCGAGCAAAGAGUGUUGCUCAACGGUGCGAAGACGGUCGUUUUCAACUAAGUCGCCAUGUAAGAAAUAGGCAUUCGUUUUCGUGUACAUAUUGGACAAUACAUUGGGUUUCGGCAAUGAUAUUGAAUCACAUCAUUCCCCGUCGUACUAGCUUCUGUGGAUCGCGCCACGGCAGCGUGGCAGCAUUUGCGAGCAAACAACAUUGUGCGAAUUUGGAAUCUUUGUUUUCGAGCGGUAAAAGGGCAAGCACAUCCACAUCUUGAAGCUACUCUUGUCUUCAGAGAACGGAAUUUACCCUGACAGCAUGUACCCCACCAAGACUGUAGCUGCACGGGCUGGUGGACCAGCAGAUGGAGCGAUUGCCUGGUAUCUCACAAGCACAACCGAGCAGGAUUACGAGGUGGAAUUUCAAUG